CAAUCUGGCACAUUAGAAGUUAGAAGAGUCAAACAGCAAUGGCAGCAUUUGGUAAAUACCGUGUGAAGGAGCUGCUUUGGUGCUUGUAGACGGAGAGCAGCGCGGGCUUUGAGUCACGGUCACCAGUGCGUUUCGUGUUUUCUGUCCAGCAUCCCCAGCGAGGUUACCAUGCUGACUUUACCGUUCGACGAGCCGGCGAUGAUGGACGCGCAUUUCGUGGCGAACUUCCCGCGGGAGUGCGCGGACGGCGGCGCCUUCAAGAAGGACGCGCGAGACAGGCUGAAAGCACUGGAGGACGACGAGUCGGAGCGGGACGACGACGAGCGGGACGAGGGGCCCGAGGUGGAGGACGAGGAGGAGGAGGAGGAGGAGGAAGAGGAAGGGGGCGCGGCGCGGCGGCGAGGCCCGCGCAAGAAAAAGACGCUGACCAAAGAGCGCAUGGACCGCGUAAAGCUGAGGCGCUUGGAGGCGAACGCGCGCGAGAGGAACCGCAUGCACGGCCUGAACAGCGCGCUGGACAGCCUGCGCAAGGUGGUGCCCUGCUACUCCAAGACGCAGAAGCUGUCCAAGAUCGAGACUCUGCGCCUGGCCAAGAACUACAUCUGGGCACUGUCGGAGAUCCUGAGCUCGGGCAAGCGGCCUGACCUGCUGAGCUUCGUGCACACGCUGUGCAAGGGCCUGUCGCAGCCCACCACCAACCUGGUGGCCGGCUGCCUGCAGCUGAACGCGCGCAGCUUUGUGGGCGAGCCCGGCGCAGACGCGUCCUUCUCGGCCACCAGAUCUCCGUACGACGCAGUGUACGCGGCGUACCACGGUGCAGAGGAGGCGGCGGCGACGGCAUCUGGGGCUGGGGCGCCCCCCAUCGGCGGCCACCACCAUCACCAUCCUCACCACCACCAUCAUCACCAUCAUCACCAUCACCAAGACGGCGCCAAGGCCUUCAGGCCGUACGGCUACUGCGGCGCGUACGAGGCGUUCUACGACAGCGCGUCGCCCGAGUGCUCGAGCCCGCCGUUCGAGAGCGCGCUAAGCCCGCCGCCCCCGCCGCCGCUCAGCUUCAGCGGCAUCUUUUCGCUCAAGCGUGAGGAGGCGGCGGCCGAGUACGCCAAGAGCUGCCACUACAGCGCACGGAGCUACUGCAGCAGCAGCACCAGCAGCAGUACCGGAGCCAGCGCGCCGCAGCUGCCAGGCCGCUCGGCGCUCGGCAGCAGCAGCAGCAGCGGCGGCGGUGGAAGCGCUGGAGGCGGUGGGGGUCACGCGAGGGCCGCUGACCUGCACUUCCCUUACGACCUCCACGUGCGCGGCCAGUUCUAUCCCGUGCAGGACGAAUUAAGCACGACUUUUCAUAACGGAUGAGGGGGGGGGAAGGGGGCACGAGCGACCCCCUUUCUCCGUCUCUCUGCAUCUCUU